AUGCGUUCUUCACUUCUUCUUGCUGCCUUGCCCCUAGCAGUGGCCAGUCCAGUCAAGCGGGCUCCUCUAUAUACUCGGGAUGGUGAGGAUGCUAUUGAGGGAAAAUAUAUUGUUGUGAUGAAAGCCGGAGCUCAGGUCUCGUCCGUCGACAGCGCCGUCGGUUCCAUUGCCGCCAAUGCAGAUUACGUCUACAAUAACCUCGGUGGUUUCUCUGCCUCUCUGACAGAUGCGGAGGUUGAAUCUCUCCGCAAUGACGCCAGCGUUUCCUAUAUCCAGCAGAAUGGAAAGGCUAGCAUUUUUGCUACCCAGGAGAAUGCCCCUUGGGGCCUAGCCCGCCUCUCUAAUAAGUCACCUGGCUCUACAACAUAUACAUACAAGGAAGGCGGUGGUGAAGGUGUUUGUGUCUACGUUGUUGACACUGGUAUUGAUGUUGAACAUACCGAUUUCGGGGGCCGUGCUACUUGGGUAGCGACUGUAUUUGGCGAUGUUGACUAUGACGAUCACUCUCACGGAACUCACUGUGCUGGCACUGUUGCUGGAACCCAGUACGGUGUCGCUAAAAAUGCCAGCAUGUAUGCUAUCAAGGCCUUUGAUGGGGCUGGUGAUGGUUCUGACGCGUCCAUGAUCGCCGGCAUGGAGAAGGUUCUUGAGGAUGCUCCUAACAGAGACUGCCCUAACGGUGUGGUUGUCAGCAUGUCUUUUGGCGGCGGCAAGACUCAAGCCGUUAACGACGCUGCCAAAGCUCUUGUCGAUGCAGGCUACUUCGCCGCGGCUGCUGCUGGUAAUGGCGAUUUCCUGAACAGGCCUAUUGACGCCGGUACCGUCUCACCUGCAUCCGAGAUUUCCUUGUGUACAGUUGGCGCCACCGAUAGCGAGGAUGUGACUGCCUACUUUUCCAACUACGGAUCUGUUGUCGAUAUCUUCGGCCCCGGUGUCAGCGUGGAGAGCGAUAUCCCUAACGGCGGCACUGGCGUCAAGAGUGGUACUUCUAUGGCCACGCCGCAUAUUGCUGGCCUCGGUGCUUACUUCUUGAGCCAAGGAAAGGCCGCCUCAGGCCUAUGCGAGUAUCUACAGAGUAUCGCGCUCCAGGGCAUUAUCAGCGAUGUCCGUACCGGAACGGUCAAUCUACUUGCCCAGAACGGCGAGGCAUCUGCUUAA